AUGGGGACGUCAUCCAUCAUCCAUGCUCGAGUGCAACUUUGUGGUGGUCCCGUCCGCUGCUUUGAGGAUCAUCCGUGCUUUCUAAUGGAGCCGGCGGCGGCCGUGUCUGAGGUGUCCACGGCGGCCGGCGCGAGCGUCCCACCUUCCCCACCCCCUCGUUCCUGCUCGCCGCGCUCCCUCGGCUCGCGCCGACCUCUCCCCAUCUUCGUGCACCCUGACUGGUCCUUGAGCCUCGGGAGGAGACGCGAGCGGCUGGCACCGGAGCGGGGCGAUCCGCGGAGCCGGGGCCGGGAGGCGAACGAGGCGGUUGCCAUCACGAAAGCCAAGGUGGAUUUCUCCAGUGUGGUGUGCCUGCCCCCUUCCGUCAUUGCUGUGAAUGGGCUGGACGGAGGAGGGGCUGGUGAAAAUGAUGACGAACCUGUGCUCCUGUCCCUGUCUGCGGCCCCCAGCCCCCAGAGCGAAGCUGUUGCCAAUGAACUGCAGGAGCUGUCCCUGCAGCCCGAGCUGACCCUGGGCCUCCAUCCUGGCAGGAACCCUAAUUUGCCUCCACUUAGUGAACGGAAGAAUGUGCUGCAGUUGAAGCUCCAGCAGCGGCGGACCCGGGAGGAGCUGGUGAGCCAAGGGAUCAUGCCGCCUUUGAAAAGUCCAGCUGCAUUUCACGAGCAGAGAAGGAGCCUGGAGCGGGCCAGGACCGAGGAUUAUCUGAAGCGGAAGAUCCGUUCCCGGCCGGAGAGAUCAGAGCUGGUCAGAAUGCACAUUCUGGAAGAGACCUCGGCUGAGCCUUCUCUCCAGGCCAAGCAGCUGAAGCUGAAGAGAGCCAGGCUGGCUGACGACCUCAAUGAGAAGAUCGCACAGAGGCCUGGCCCCAUGGAGUUGGUGGAGAAGAACAUCUUGCCUGUGGAGUGCAGCCUGAAGGAAGCCAUCAUUGUGGGCCAGGUCAAUUACCCAAAGGUAGCAGACAGCUCCUCCUUUGACGAGGACAGCAGUGAUGCCUUAUCCCCGGAGCAGCCGGCCAGCCAUGAGUCCCAGGGUUCAGUGCCAUCACCCCUGGAGUCCCGAGUCAGCGAACCACUGCCCAGUGCCACCUCCACAUCACCCACUCAGGUUCUUUCUCAACUCCCAGUGGGUCCGGAUCCUGGAGAGACGCUUUUCCUGGCAGAGCAGCAUCCUCUGCCGCCCCCUCCUCUGCCGCCCCCCAGCCUCACCAAUGGAACCACCGUCCCCACUGCCAAGCCUGCCCCCACACUCAUUAAGCAAAGCCAACCCAAGUCCGCCAGUGAAAAGUCACAGCGCAGCAAGAAGGCCAAGGAGCUGAAGCCGAAGGUGAAGAAGCUCAAGUACCACCAGUACAUCCCCCCGGACCAGAAGCAGGACAAGGGGGCGCCCGCCAUGGACUCCUCCUACGCCAAGAUCCUGCAGCAGCAGCAGCUCUUCCUGCAGCUACAGAUCCUCAACCAGCAGCAGCAGCAGCAGCAGCAACAGCAACAGCAGCAGCACUACAACUACCAGGCCAUCCUGCCCGCCCCUCCCAAGCCAGCAGGAGAGACUCCAGGAGGCGGUGCCCCCGCCCCGUCACGCAGCCUCUCCAGCAGCAGCAGCUCCAGCUCGGGCACCCCAGGGCUCAAUGGGCUGGCACGCCAGAACAGCACCGCACUGGCCGGCAAACCAGGAGCCCUGCCGGCCAACCUGGAUGACAUGAAGGUGGCAGAGCUGAAGCAGGAGCUGAAGUUGCGGUCACUGCCCGUCUCGGGCACCAAGACGGAGCUGAUUGAGCGUCUGCGUGCCUACCAAGACCAAGUCAGCCCAGCUCCAGGAGCCUCCAAGGCCCCUGCUGCCACCUCUCUCCUGUCCAAGGCCGGUGAGGUAGUGGUCGCCUUCCCUGCGGCCCGGCUGGGCACAGCGCCAGCUCUUGUAACCGCAGGCCUGGCACCGGCUGAGAUGGUGGUGGCCACGGUGACCAGCAACGGCAUGGUGAAGUUUGGCAGCACGGGCUCCACACCCCCUGUGUCUCCCACCCCCUCAGAGCGGUCACUGCUCAGCACGGGGGAUGAGAAUUCCACACCGGGGGAUGCCUUCGGUGAAAUGGUGACGUCGCCGCUGACGCAGCUCACCCUGCAGGCCUCUCCACUGCAGAUCCUCGUGAAGGAGGAGGGCGCCCGGGCUGCGUCCUGCUGCCUGUGCCCUGGUGCACAGGCUGAGCUGGAGGGGCUGGACAAGGACCAGAUGCUGCAGGAGAAGGACAAGCAGAUUGAGGAGCUGACCCGAAUGCUCCAGCAGAAGCAGCAGCUGGUUGAGCUGCUGCGGCUGCAGCUGGAGCAGCAGCAGCGGGCCCAGCAGCCGGCCCCAGCCAGCAGCCCUGUGAAGCGGGAAAGUAGCUUCUCCAGCUGCCAGCUGGGCGGCCAGCCCCAGGGCUCCGGUUGUGCCUUUGGCCCUGGCCUGGUGGUUCCCACUACCAAUCAUGGAGAUGCUCCGGCCCCAGCCCCAGGGCCCCAGCCUGUGGUGGUGAAGCAGGAAGCCGGGCCACCUGAACCAGAUCUGGCCCCUGCCUCCCAGCUCUUGGGCCCACAGGGCACCAGCUUCCUCAAGAGGGUCACCCCUCCUACUCUGGUCACUGACUCUACAGGGACUCACCUCAUCCUCACUGUGACCAAUAAGAGCGCAGAUGGCCCUGGCCUGCCCACUGGGAGCCCCCGGCAGCCCCUGUCCCAGCCUGGUUCUCCAGCCCCUGGCCCGCCUGCGCAGAUGGACCUGGAGCACCCGCCUCAGCCCUCGUUUGCAGCCCCCACAUCUCUGCUGAAGAAGGAGCCGCCCGGGUAUGAGGAGACUGUGAGUCAGCAGCCGAAGCAGCAGGAAAAUGGGUCCUCCAGUCAGCAGAUGGACGAUCUGUUCGAUAUUCUUAUUCAGAGUGGAGAGAUUUCAGCAUAUUUCAAGGAACCACCAUCCCUACCAGGCAAGGAGAAACCACCGCCAGCAGCAGCCUGUGGGUCCCUGCUGACACCACAACCCUCGCCUUCCAAUGAACUCCCCCAGGCUGCUCCUCCACCUGGCUCCCCCACACUCCCAGGGCGCCUGGAGGACUUCCUGGAAAGCAGCACGGGGCUGCCCCUGCUGACAAGUGGGCACGAAGGGCCAGAGCCCCUCUCCCUCAUUGACGACCUCCACAGCCAGAUGCUGAGCAGCUCUGCCAUCCUGGACCACCCCCCAUCACCCAUGGACACCUCUGAAUUGCACUUUGCUCCUGAGCCCAGCAGUGGUAUGGGCCUGGACCUGGCUGAUGGCCACCUGGACAGCAUGGACUGGCUGGAGCUGUCAUCUGGCGGCCCUGUGCUCAGCCUGGCUCCCCUCAGCACUGCAGCCCCCAGCCUCUUCUCCACAGACUUCCUGGAUGGCCACGACUUGCAGCUCCACUGGGAUUCCUGCUUGUAGCCCUCUGACUCCAGACAUAGGCUAGGGAAGGGUCUGAAGUUGGGGAGCCACAGAACCAUAGCCAGUGUGUGCUCCCUGUGACUGUGAGCCUUGACAAUCACAGACCCUGGAGGCUGCAGCGGAGACCCUACCCCUGGCUCAGACUCACCCAGG